GUUCCUGUAAUUUUCAUGCAUUAGAAUAUAUUUAUUGUUUGGAAAUAAAAACACAAUACAGAUACGUAUAAACGUUUUUAAACGGUGGCUUUACAAUCCCGAGUUGUUCGUUGUUCAAACUUUGCCGUUUAAUUUGACCCAAGUCAUUUCCGCCUCCGCUUCCGGAAGCGCCAAAAACCAAACAACACAAGACACCGAAGGACAAACUGGAGCAAAGUGAAGGUAGAAAACUAUAACAAAUAAUUGUUUUUCAUGUUUAUGAUAAGCAGAACGGGAACGGAGCAGCUAAGAAUGAUACUACAUCAGUAAACCGAGCAUUAGCAGCUAGCUAGCUAGCUAGCUAAGUUUUGUUUUUCACAACAGGCAAUAUUGGACUAUUUAUAAAAGUUUUCUGUCACCUUCUUCCUAAUAGGAAUUUUACUUUAUCCCAAUGAAGAUUUUUUUUCAUCUGCAUGUCGUGUGAAUGACUCUGCUGAUUUCACUAAAAAUCCCAUCCUGGCAAGAUUACCAACGAAGGUGGGUUUUAAAUUCUCAAAGAUGAGCAAGUGGGGUGACCGACUGAAGAAGAUAGAGCAGCUUGCUCAGUCGUUCCAGCAGCGUCCCCUGACAACACCCUACAAACCUCGACUGUGGCCGUGCCAGCCCUCCUCCGUCUGGAAACUCUUCCCUCGUCAAAGCAUGGCCAUCAGCUUCGCUCAGAGCUGCAAAGAGGAUGUACAUGUUUUCGCUCUUGAAAAAGAAAAUGCGUCUGAGGGUCAACGGAUCUAUCUUGUUACUAGUUACAGCGAGCUCUGGCACUACUACAGGACUUACCCUCAGUCCUUGAUGCAUUGCUAUGAGGUGAUCCCAGAGGGGGCUGUGUGUAAACUUUACUUUGACCUGGAGUUCCACAAACCUUCAAACAAUGGAGCUGAUGGGAAAUCUAUGGUGUUCUUACUCAUCCAGUAUGUUUGUGGCAAGUUAUUGGAAGUCUACGGGAUUAAGUGUUCAGUGAAAAAUGUCCUAAACCUGGACUCCAGCACAGAGGAGAAGUUCAGUCGACAUCUCAUCUUCAUCCUGCAAAAUGCUGCUUUCAAAGACAACAUUCAUGUUGGCAGGUUCAUCCUUGCUAUUCUUCACCCCAUCAUGAACAAAAUCAAAGAUGAAAGCUGGCUUGGAAACGAGAGGCGAACAAAUGUUUCUGAGAUGACGGAGAGUCCAGAGAUGAAGAGAGUUAAGAAGGAAGAGCGAGAUCUCAGCUUCCUCCUGGUGAAAGACAAGGACGGUCAACACUGUUCUUUUGUUGAUCUCGGCGUUUACACCAGGAACAGAAACUUCCGGCUCUACAAGUCUUCAAAAGUGGGGAAGAACGCGGCUUUCACAGUAGCAGAAGACAACGAAUUCAUUUCCACGUCUAAGAAAGGCAUCGGUGUUGAGGAAAGUGUUUUCCUGGCGUCUCUGGUGUGUAACGUCAGCUUUACAGGUCAGAGGAUUCUUACGUGGGACGCCUCAGAACUAAAUGAAGCUAAAACCACAGCUCCUCGCUGUCAGCAGGAAUCGGCAUCAAAUCCAGGCUCGUUUUCCAGCUGCCUGGCGUCUCCAUAUCAGGAAGUGGACAACUUUGUGUCAACAUUGGUUCAUAAGGAUGGGAUUCAAGGAGUUAUCAGAAGAUGGAGCUACUUUGCCGCCGAGCAGCUUCUCCUCUACGACAUUGCUAAAUACCGUUGGUGUGAAAACGUCGGCAGAUUCCACAAAAGCAACAACAUCAUGAUUGUUGUGGAUCUGAAACAGGAAGUCUGGUACCAGAAGUGUCACGAUCCAAACUGCAGGAACUUCAGGUCCUCGAGUUAUCCCCUCCCACAGGAGAUAUGCGUCAGCUACAUCCUAACUCUGGAUGAGGAGGACCAGGCGUACGUAAUGGACGACGUGGGCAACUUUGAACUCGGCCAGAACCAGAAAAGCAGGAAGAAUCCACAAGAGGAGACAGCUGAUGUGUGGGGGGAUGACCACGAGUAUUUAGAGAGUCUGAAUGAGUUUGAGCAAAACAGCGGAGAGAUCUCAGACCAGCUUCUGCUCACGUGUGUGGAAGACUGUGAUUCCCAGUAGGAACCAUUGGUAAAAAGUCUGGAUCGGGAACGACGAUCCCUACCAGGCACGCCUGAGGAAGCCAUCUGCCAAUGUCUCCAGUGUGCAACCAUCCGUCCUGGUCGAUCGCCUCUGCAGUUUUCUCCUCAUCGUUCAGAUACCCCUGGAAUACGUUUGCUCCUUUCACACACACCUACGGCAACACGAACGACAAAGAUUUUCUUUUCUGUUUCAUGUGUUUUCCAAUUCUUUGGUACAUUUUUAAAGAUGCAUCAAAUUGCCGUUGUUAAAAAGACAUUUUAAUGAAACUAGUUUCAUAAAAUAUACAAAAGUGGAUUUUGAGCUUAAAAACACGUCAGAUUGGAGGCAGUUCAACUUUGUGUAAAAUAGGUGUUCAUUAAAAAUGGCUUGUAUUGUUUUAUGAAAAGUGUAUAAAAGUUUAAAAACAACA